AUGUUCCCCAAGGAGCAAUGGCCCAGGGGCUUCCGCACCAACGGCCAUCUGCUGCUCAACUCGGAGAAGAUGUCAAAGUCCACCGGCAACUUCAAGACCAUCCGCCAGGCUAUAGAGGAGUUCUCAUCGGACGCCACUCGCUUCGCGCUGGCAGACGCGGGUGACACGGUGGAUGAUGCCAACUUCGUGGAGGAGACUGCCAACGCCGCCAUCCUCAGGCUCACCAAGGAGAUGACGUGGAUGGAGGAGGUGCUUGCAUCAGCAGCCACAGAGGGGGGUCUGCGCACCGGGGACGAGCGGUCGUUCGCAGACAGAGUGUUUGAGAACGAGAUAAACCUCGCUGUGGCUCUCUCCAAGGCCGCCUAUGACAACAUGCUGUUCCGCGAGGCCCUCAAGACGGGUUUCUUUGACCUGCAGGUGUGUGUGCUCCAGCUUUGA